AAAGUGCAAAAAGCCGUAAGAUUCUUUUCAACUAAAUAGAUUUCAGUGCAUUUAUCAUCAAAAUAACGUAAAUACAAUAUUAUUUUUGUGUUUCCGACGAAGUAAUGAAACAAUAGUAACGUAAGUGGUGGACACAAAGUGGCGGAAGCUUUUCUAAAAGCACCAUGGCGCUGUCGAAAAACGAAAGUUUCGAGGCUGACAUUAAAACAACACUUUCUGAAGAAAAAGAAGAAGAAGAAGAAGAAGAAGCAGCAGCAGCAGCAGCAGCGGGCUCAACAGGCGGGACGUGCCCGCGUGUUGUGUCCCGGGAGGAGCGGCCGCUGCUGUCCGACUUCAAACUGAUGAAGCUGGAGAAAGAUGCUCAGAAGAACUGGGACUUGUUCUACAAGAGAAACACGACGAACUUCUUCAAGGACCGACACUGGACCGGCCGAGAGUUCGAGGAGCUGAAGGCCCACAGAGAGCUCCGGUCGCGGCCGCUCGUGCUGCUGGAGGCCGGCUGCGGCGUGGGCAACUGCCUGUUCCCGCUGCUGGAGCGAGACCCCCACCUCUUCGUCUACGCCUGCGACUUCUCACCGCGGGCCGUCGAGUUCGUGAAGGGCAACCCUCGGUACCGCCCCGAGCGCUGCGCCGCCUUCCAGUGCGACCUCACGGCCGACGCCCUGACGGACAGCGUGCCGCCGGGCGCCGUGGACGUGGUCACGCUCAUCUUCGUCCUGUCGGCCGUCCACCCCGACAAGAUGCAGCGGGCGCUGCUCAACAUCAGCCAGGUGCUGCGGCCCGGCGGCGUGGUUCUGUUCAGGGACUACGGGCUGAACGACUACGCCAUGCAGCGCUUCAGAGCCCGCAGCAAGCUGGGAGAAAACCUGUACGUCAGGCAGGACGGGACCCGGGCCUACUUCUUCUCCAAAGAGCUCCUGGCCGAGCUGUUCUCGGCCGCCGGCCUCCAGGCGGUGGCCAACGACUACGUCCUGAGGGAGACGGUGAACAAGAAGGAGGGGCUGAGCGCGGCCCGCGUGUUCCUGCAGAGCAAGUUCACCAAGCCGCUCGGCCAAUCAGAGAGCUCCUGACGCCGAGGACCGGCUCCACUGGGACUCUAGAGGAACUACGUGAAGGUCCAACGGGGUCCUCCUGAGGGCCAGCUGCUGUGUCUCUCCUCCCCCCCCGUGACCUUAAGGCCGGAAUCACCUGGAGGCCCUGAACCUCUUCUCUGGUUUGUGGACGUUUAUACAAGUCGUCCACAUGGGGGCGCUGUUGGACAUCAUCAGGCCGUGUGUCACCAUCUGCUCCCCAGAGACCAGUACCAGAGACCAGUACCAGAGACCAGUACCAGAGACCAGUACAGUACCAGAGACCAGUACAGUACCAGAGACCUGUACAGUACCAGAGAACAGUACAGUACCAGAGACCAGUACAGUACCAGAGACCAGUACACUAGUACCAGAGACCAGUACACUAGUACCAGAGACCAGUACAGUACCAGAGACCAGUACACUAGUACCAGAGACCAGUACAGUACCAGAGACCUGUACAGUACCAGAGACCAGUACAGUACCAGAGACCAGUACAGUACCAGAGACCUGUAAGCCCAAAAUACGUCUUACGUCAUUUAAUUAAUUAAAUAUAACUAGCGGUGUGUGUGUGUGUAUAUAUAUAUAUAAUUUUUUUUUUAUUCUUUAUUUUGUAUUCAUAUUUAUAUAUACAUACACGCAUAUAUUAAUAUAUAUAUAUAUACUUAAUGUACUUAUUUGAUUAAUUAAUUAAAUAUAACUAGGGGUAUAUAUAUAUUUGUGUAUAUAUAAGAUAAAUGAAUAUAUAUAUAUAUAUAUUUAUACACAAACAUAUAUAUUGAAUGAAAAUAGGAAUUGUCAAUCAACUGAAGAAGGAUGUGGGUUUUUUCACACGCUUUUUAACCCUGUGGUGAGAACCUGCUGAGGCACUGUGUGACUUGCUGUUCUCUCUCUGACUUCCUGUUCUCUCUCUGACUUCCUGUUCUCUCUCUCUCUGACCUCUGGGGGCCGAUCUGUCGACUGAUCUCAUAGAGAUGAAAACACACCGGAGCAGCCAGAUGAUGCACUAUCUCAGUUUUUACUUAUUUUGAAAGAUCGACCGGUUUCACUUUAUAAAACAGGCCAACAUUUACAUUUAAAGAUAACAUUCGUAUUCCACGUCAUAUAUAAUGAGACAAAUAAAGGUUUUUUCUCAUUGGAAAUCCCAUUAGGGUCAUUGAAAAUGUAUGAGAGGAGGAGGAAGCUGCAUCUUUAAGAGUCAUUUAAUCUUUAAUCUGCUUAGCAACAGAUGAUGAAAUAUAAAGAACGGACAUAAACAAAUGA